GCGUCAACGAGCCGAGGUGGCAUAAAGCGAGUGCGUGCAAAUUCAUCAGGUAAGUAAUAUAAGUUUUAAAUUGAUAAAAAUAUAACUUAAGGUAUUUAAAUAGAUUGUGUCGGAGCGUCAACGAGCCGAGGUGGCAUAAAGCGAGUGCGUGCAAAUUCAUCAGGUAAGUAAUAUAAGUUUUAAACUGAAAAAAAUAUAAGUUAAGGUAUUUAAAUAGAUUGUGUCGGAGCGUCAAACAGCCGAGAUGUUAUAAAGCGAACCAAUGUGCUUAAAGCGGCGGAAGUGAACUGAAUGUGGAAUAUUGUAAAAAUAUUCCAAACAUUUGACACAAAAGAGAAAUGUAUUUCCUUUGCCGAAGAACAAGGUUUGAUUUUAAAAGCCAAAAUUUGCCGUACGCAUAAAAUGCCAAUGACGCUAUCGUUAAAAAAAAGUAGCAGUGUUGGGGUGUUCCGAUGCCUGAAAGGGGGUUGUCGGAACCGAAGUGCGUUGGCAAGGUCGAGCGAUACCUGGUUCGAAAACGUCAAAAUCCCACUUCCGCAGGUAUUUUAUCUAAUGUAUGCGUAUGCAUCUCAUUGGUCACAUGCGGAAGUGAGGAAAAACAGUUUUAUCAGGGAACCAGUUUUAUCUAGCGCUACAAUAUGUGACUGGUAUAAUUACUGCCGCGAAGCUGUAGUAUUAUACCAGGUUGACCAUCAGGUAGCGGUAGGUAAAAUUGGUGGCCCUGGUAAAACUGUUCAAAUAGACGAAAGCAAAUUUGGGAAGAGAAAAUACAACAAAGGGCGGAGAGUCGAGGGCCACUGGGUUCUUGGGAUGGUUGAGGAUGGGAGUGACGGUCUUAGGCUGGAGGUAUGUCCCGGCAAUGUCAAGUCUGCUGAUGUGCUCAUACCUUUGAUAGAGAAGCACGUGGCAAAAGGCAGUAUCAUAUGUACUGAUUGCUGGAGGGCAUACGACUGUCUAGCCAGUCACGGGUAUGAGCACCGACGCGUUAAUCACAGCGACCCCGAUAAUCCGUUCGUUGCUGAGGACGGGACGCAUACUCAACGCAUCGAGUCCCAGUGGCGAGUAAUUAAACGUUUUUUUAUUAAGGAUAAUUAUAAUAAUAGCGAAGAUUUUUCUAAUUUAAUUUAUGAAUAUACUUGGAGAAAAAAUAUUGCAAAUAAUCAUGACGAUCCUUUUGUAAAAUUAUUAGAUGCAAUUAAAUAUACAUAUAAGCCUUAAAACUUUUUUUAUUACAAUGGAAAAUUUAUUUCAGAUGGUAUUUGUCUCUUGGUUUGAGUUUUUAUAUUCAUUUUUAUUUGUUUGAUAAAUGUGUAAUUAUGGCAACACUUAUUAUUUGUCAACAAGGAAUACUUUUGUUUUUGUGCAUGAAAUGAAAAUUGUGUAAAAUAUAAAAUGCUUAUUUUAAGCAAAUAACUAAAUAAUUACUGGAAAAAAAAAUAUGUAGAAACAAUGUAGUGAAGUGUAAGUGCAUAAAAAGUGCAUAAUGUGAAUUAAAUAAUUACUAGCAAUCGAGAAAUUGCAAGAUAAAAUUUGCAACAUUUUCAACUUUAAAUGUAAAUAUCUCGAAAACUAUAAGUUUGUGGCGCAACAAUUAUAUAUUUUCUUAAUCUGGAGCAUCAGCUCUAUCCAACCAUACCACUUUUAACCCUGAAAUCGUGGGAUCGUAUACUAAAGUUUCCCCCAUAAAAAUUUCAAUGAAAUAAGUAAAUAUGUGUUUUAGAACGGGUUGUUUUACGAGGAGCCCAAAACACGUGGUACAUUUUAGAAUAGCAUCCCCCGAUCUCGGGGUGCACCUCCUUUGAGAAUAUAUUAAUUACAUUUUCAAUAUUUCGCUGGAAUUUGUUAUUUUAGUAACUUUUAUAAUUAUAAUGCUUUCUAUAAGUAUAUAUUUUAUAUUUAUAAUUCAAAUUUUACAGGGAAUCAAUGGCCACUUUUAUAAUGAUCUA